CCCUGCUGUGCUCCGUACCUGGUGACCUCCUCAUGGCGGUGCUGGUCAGAAGAUGGAAACGUCUUCUGCUGCUCAACGGUGUGGCGUUGGUGGCGGUGCUGACCGUGUGGACCAUCAUCUGCACCCGAGAUUUACAAAUCAUUCUCCAUCCACAGCUGAAGGACACGGUGUUAGUACACAACAAAGAUCUGUCCAGAAGUCUUGGCCUGAUUGAGGGCAAGGACACAGACACCAACCUGUCCCGUCUGUCCUCAGACGAGGCGAAUAUGGCCCAGAAUCUGAGCCUAAAGUACGGCUAUAACGUCUACCUGAGCGACAAAAUCUCUCUGGACCGGACCAUUACGGGUUUCGGACCCAGCAGAUGCAAAGAAUUGACCUACCCGACCAACCUCCCCCAGAUGGCCCUCAUCUUCAUCUUCGUCAACGAGGCGCUGUCGGUCAUCCUGCGCUCGGUGCACUCAGCCAUCAAUCACACGCCGCCUCACCUGCUGAAGGAAAUCAUCCUGGUGGACGACCACAGCGACGACGAGCAGCUGAAAGAACCUCUGGAGGAAUACAUGAAGAAGCGCUACGGUGGCCUGGUCAAGAUCGUGAGGAACCAGAGGAGGGAGGGUCUGAUUAGGGCCAGAUUAGAAGGCUGGAAGGUGGCCACCGCCGAGGUCACGGGCUUCUUUGACGCCCACAUGGAGUUUACCCCAUACUGGGCCCAGCCGGUUCUUGCCAGAAUCAAAGAGGACCGCACGAGGAUCAUCCUGCCGUCCAUCGACAACAUCCAUUACGAAACCUUCGAGGUGGAGAGCUUCAUCAACCCGGCCCACGCCUUUGACUGGCAGCUGUGGUGCAUGUACAUGAAGGCACCCAAAGAAUGGAAAGAUCUAAACGACCCCACAGCCCCCAUCAGGAGUCCGUCCAUGAUCGGCUGCUCCUUUGUGGUGGACAGAGCCUACUUUGAGGAGCUGGGACUGUUGGAUGCGGGCAUGAACAUUUAUGGAGGGGAGAACGUGGAACUGAGCAUAAGGGUGUGGACGUGCGGGGGCAGCAUGGAGGUUCUCCCAUGUUCCAGAGUGGCUCACAUCGCUCGCUUCAAAAAGCCGUACAUGACCGAUGACAUCUACGCCAUCAUGCGGCGUAACGCCCUGCGCGUGGCCGAGGUGUGGAUGGACGAGUUCAAGCACAACGUCUACAUGGCCUGGAACAUCCCCAUGGAGAAUCAUGGCAUCGACUACGGGGACAUCUCCGAUAGGGUGGCGCUGAGGAAGAGGCUGCAGUGUAAGGACUUCAAAUGGUACCAGGAGAACAUCUACCCGGACCUGAAGAACAACAACGACACCAUCACAUACGGAGAGAUGCGCAGCUCCAAAGCCAACCAUCUGUGUUUGGACCAGGGGAUAAAGGAGAACUACACGGCCAUCUUGUUCGCGUGCCAUGGGUUGUCUCCUCAGGUGUGCGAUGGUCCCUGCGCCCCAGGAGCUCCAAACACAGGCACUAUAACACAAAGAAGGGAGGCAGCAGAAAGACAGCUGGUUCGUUACACCACCAAGGGUCAGCUGAUGUUGGGCGCGCUGGGCUUCCACAACUGGGGCGCUCGCUGCGUAGUGGACGACCGCAACCACGACCUACCGCGGCACCUGCCCUGCAACAAGGUGACAGACGUGCUGAAGAGCUUGUGGUUCUACACUCCGAACGGAAGGGUGCAGAACGCGGGCACAGGGCGCUGCUUGGAGGUGGUGAGCACCGGGAUUGACCCCUUCUUCAAGGUGGUGAUGCAGAAUUGCUCCGGACAGAUGUGGUCCAUUGGCCCGGUCCACGUCCAACCAUGAUGCACCACGCUGCAUGUCUUGUUCAGAAACAUUUCUGCCCUGUAGGAGGCGCUGUGAGCAUUAGAAAUAAUGGGAGCAAAUCAUCCAUCCAUCCAUCCAUUUUCUACCGCUUGUCCCUUUCGGGGUCGCGGGGGGUGCUGGAGCAAAAUCAUUCCGUUGCAAAUCACCCACUGUGUGUGCACCUUAAAUGACUAGAUAACCUAAUAAUAGACCUUUACUCUACAGUACACAUCAUACACUAGUACUAGUACUAUGAGUACACAUCAUACACUACUACUAGUACCACGACUACACAUGAUACACUAGUACUAGUACCACGAGUACACAUCAUACACUACUACUAGUGCCAUGAGUACACAUCAUACACUCGUACUAGUACCAUGAGUACACAUCAUACACUACUACUAGUACCACGACCAUGAGUACACAUCAUACACUACUACUAGUACCACGACCAUGAGUACACAUCAUACACUACUACUAUUACUACGACCAUGAGUACACAUCAUACACUACUACUAUUACCACAACCAUGAGUACACAUCAUACACUCGUACUAGUACCAUGAGUACACAUCAUACACUACUACUAUUACCACGACCAUGAGUACACAUCAUACACUACUACUAUUACCACGACCAUGAGUACACAUCAUACACUACUACUAUUACCACGACCAUGAUUACACAUCAUACACUACUACUAUUACCACGACCAUGAGUACACAUCAUACACUACUACUAUUACCACGACCAUGAGUACACAUCAUACACUCGUACUAGUACCAUGAGUACACAUCAUACACUACUACUAUUACCACGACCAUGAGUACACAUCAUACACUAGUACUAUUACCACGAUCAGAAGUAUACAUCAUACACUAGUACUAUUACCAAGACCAUGAGUACACAUUAUACACUAGUACAAUUACCACGAACAGAAGUAUACAUCAUACGCUAGUACUAUUACCAAGACCAUGAGUACACAUCAUACACUACUACUAUUACCACGACCAGAAGUAUACAUCAUACACUACUACUAUUACCACGACCAGAAGUAUACAUCAUACACUAGUACUAUUACCACGACUAGAAGUAUACAUCAUACACUACUAUUACCACGACAAGAAGUAUACAUCAUACACUAGUACUAUUACCACGACUAGAAGUAUACAUCAUACACUAGUACUAUUACCACGACUAGAAGUAUACAUCAUACACUAGUACUAUUACCACGACUAGAAGUAUACAUCAUACACUACUACUAUUACCACGACCAUGACAACACAUCAAACACUAGUACUAUUACCACGAACAGAAGUACACAUCAUACACUAGUACUAUUACCACGAACAGAAGUACACAUCAUACACUAGUACUAUUACCACGAACAGAAGUACACAUCAUACACUAGUACUAUUACCACGAACAGAAGUACACAUCAAACACUAGUACUAUUACCACGAACAGAAGUACACAUCAUAAACUAGUACUAUUACCACGAACAGAAGUACACAUCAUAAACUAGUACUAUUACCACGACCAUGAGUACACAUCAUACACUAGUACUAUUACCACGACCAUGAGUACACAUCAUACACUAGUACUAGUACCUUGACCAGAAGUAUACAUCAUACAUGACUAGUAGUACUGCUCUUGCCAGCCGUUCAAUGUUUGCCUCCCUCUCCUUGGU